UUUCUUUGAUAGGAAAAUCAGAAGCAUGGCUUAUCGAGCAUUGGCUUAUCGCAUAUUCGCAGCGUUCCAUACGACAUACUGGACUAUAAACUAUUUGCAUGUUUUUCUGCAUUCCAGGGUACCUCGAAUAUUUGUCAAGAAAUGGCGAUGUUGUAUUGAUAGCACAUUGUAUAGAAUAUCCGCCAGUGCCUGAGAAACGUUUCCCAUAUGCGUAUGACUAUAUCGGCGAAUGGAAAGACGAAGUAGAAAAACUACGAACCAAAGCCAAAGUAUUAUUGCACCAUUAUCAGACAGUCUGUCACGUGGACUAYAAACAUAAACAAAUCAACUGUCGUCCAAUAAUAUUGGAUGGUCAUAAACCAGGUCARGUGAUAAUCGAGGAAGCUGUAAAUGAGAAUGUCGAUGCAGUGAUUAUUGGAGCACGUGGUCUCGGGAAACUGAGAAGAACGGUCCUGGGUAGUGUGAGUGAUUUUGUUGUACAUCACUGUCCCGUACCUGUGACCGUGGUCCCCCCGGAAUCGUGGAAGCACCAUUAUCCUCACCAUUCAUAGAUAUUUAUUUAAGUUUCGGAUGAAGGAAAUUUUUUAACUAUUUCAAAGAACAGACUAUAGGCAUUAAAGCGUCCGAGAAACAGAUAAACAGAUUACUUAUGCUAUGAAUCAAUACACCAUUUCAGUUGCACUUAGGCCUCGAUAGCAAGUUAAUUAUUCUUUUCAGUGAAUUUGACAAAUGAGACUAUUCAUAUCAAUGUUUGCAUUGCUCACAUUCCUACAAAUUCAAAAGAAUAUUUAACACGCUGUAGAGGCCUAAGACCAACUGAAAAGGUGUAUUCCAAACAACUGCUCAGCUGUCAUAUGAAAUAUUGUAAAGAAGUCAUAUUUAAUAAUAAAUAAUGAUAUUGAAGUUUUGACGUCAUAAAAAUCAAUCAAUCAAUCAAUC